UUCCUUGAGAUUUCCCCUUUAAUAUCGUUGUCGCAUCGCCGUGUAUAGUCUCUCUCCUUUGUCCACCUCCCAAUAUCUCGUCUGUAUCUCUCGAUCCCUCCUCAUCUCCUCCAAUCUCUCUCACCCCGCAUCCAAUGGCUUCUGCCCCGCCGGCCAGUCGCGCCGAUGAAAUACAAAAUCUUCUGAAAGCCGUCGAGGAUCUCCUGAUUCCGUUCAUCCGAAGCGCCGAUGAGGACCCUUUAGCCCAGCAAUCGCUGCACAACGGCACCAAUGGCGACUCCAAGCCUCGAGGCACGGCCCUCGUCGAACACAAGAAGCCCGAAGAGCUGCAGAAGCUCCUCCAACUAGACUUCCCCGACCAAGGAACCGGACAAGACGGACUCAUCGAAGUCCUGCGCAAGGUUCUGCGCUACUCGGUCAACACAUGGCACCAGGGAUUCCUCGACAAGCUUUAUGCAUCAACCAACGCCCCCGGCGUAGCGUCGGAGCUUAUCCUGGCGGCGCUCAACACCAACGUCCACGUCUACCAGGUCUCCCCAGCCCUGACCGUCAUUGAGAAACACACCGGCAAGCAACUCGCCACUCUCUUCGGCCUCAAUGGCCCCCGCGCCGGAGGCAUCUCCGUCCAAGGAGGCUCCGCCUCCAACACCACCUCGAUCGUGAUCGCGCGCAACAACCUCUACCCCAGCACCAAGAAAGACGGCAAUGGCAACUACCGCUUCGUGCUCUUCACCAGCGCCCACGGCCACUACAGCAUCGAAAAGGCCGCCCAAAUGCUCGGUCUCGGCAGCUCCUCCGUCUGGGCCGUCCCCAUCGACAAACAAGGCCGCAUGAUCCCCUCCGAGCUCGAAGCCCUCGUCCAAAAGGCCCUCGCCGAGAACCGCACUCCCUUCUACGUCAAUGCCACCGCCGGCACAACCGUCCUGGGCUCCUUCGACCCCUUCCACGAAAUCGCCGCCAUCUGCAAGAAAUACAACCUGUGGUUCCACGUCGACGGCUCCUGGGGCGGGUCCUUCAUCUUCUCCUCCUCCCAACGCGCCAAACUCUCCGGUGCCGAAAAAGCAGACAGCAUCGCCAUCAACCCCCACAAAAUGCUCGGCGUCCCCGUCACCUGCUCCUUCCUCCUCGCCGCCGACAUCCGUCGCUUCCAUCUCGCCAACACCCUCCCCGCCGGCUACCUCUUCCACAACGACGACACCGCCGCCGCUGCACCAGACUCCCUCAACGGCGAGACCGAACUCGUCGUCGACUCCCCGGAGGUCUGGGACCUCGCGGACCUCACCCUCCAAUGCGGCCGUCGCGCAGACUCCCUCAAGCUCUUCCUCAGCUGGACCUACUACGGCACGGCUGGGUACGAGCAACAAAUCGACUCCGCCUGCGCCGUAGCAGCGCACCUCGCUACGCUGGUCGAACAGAACCCCAACUUCGUCCUCGUCAGCGAGAACCCACCGCCGUGUCUGCAGGUGUGCUUCCAUUAUGCGCCGAACCGUGCGUACGUGCAUCCCCGCGGACUGGUCUCGAAUGAGACGGAGCGCGGGAAGGCGAAUAGUAAGGUCACGGAGCAGAUUACGCAUGCGAUUGUGGGUAAGGGAUUCAUGGUGGACUUUGCUCCGCCGAGUGGGGAUGAGGAUGCUGUCGGGAAUGGGAAGUUCUUCCGGUGUGUGGUGAAUGUUCAGACGACGAGGGAGACGGUUGAGGGGUUGAUUCGGGCGAUUGAGGAAGUUGGGCCGGCGAUUGUGGAGAGGUUGAAGAGGGAGAGUGUCGGGGAGGUGUCGACGAGGAGGUUGGGGGAGAGGGGUCAUGGUCCUGUUGUGCAUCAUUGA